AUGGCAAAAGAAAAGUCAGAAAAUGUGCAACAAGCCACAAGUAAACUGACAUUAUUAUUUGUAGCUAUUGCUGGGGGCAUCGUGGCUAUAUGUCUUCAGCCAUUAAUAAUUUUAUUGUGUGCACAUCUUGGCAUAACGAUUGCGCCAAUAUCAUAUCAAGAAGUAUCUACUAGAACAACUCCCGAACAAAUACCAUUAACAACAACAAUCGCCACUACUAACAAACCACAAACGACUACCAUAAAAACAAUCGUAGUAAAAAAUGAUCCAACUAUUGAUGAAGAACCUAUAUUAUUAAAAAAUGAACCGAUAACUAUAAAAUUUCCUGAAUCAACAACGACGACGACGACGACGACGACGACGACAACAGCAACAACAAAAAAACCGAAAUCAUCAACGACAAAAACAAGCACAAAAAAAGUUGAGCAAUCAGAUGAAACAUCAAAAACAGCUAAGUUGGAAAAAGAACUUUCACAACCGGAUAUCAUCGAUGUUACAGGAAGAAAUAAAGAAAUUCCAGAGGAAGUUAAAAAUUUCAAACCAACUAGAAUAAACAUGAUAAAAACGAAAAAAUUAUGGAUACCUAUUCCGAACUCUAACGGUGGUCAUCGUCGGGUACCGCCUGUUGCUAUUCGUGCUGGUAAAGAGCACAAGAGUAGUGUCAAGCAUUGGCUAUUUGAAGAAUUUCUUUCACAUGAUGAAUGUGUAAAUCUAAUAAAAGUUCAUAAAGAACAUGUGAAAAAAAUGAAAGAAAUCGAUCCAAUUAUAUGUUUUGAUAGUAUUCAAACGUUACGUAAACAUCUAAAAGAUUUAAAACCGAAUACAGAACUUCAUGUUACACCGAAUGACUUUACUAAAGGCACGACAUGUGUAAAUGCAACAUUUUCAUCGACACUUAAACAGUGGGGAUUAAAAUGGUCGUACUCAACAGCAUUUUAUCUUGGUGAAAGUCCAUUUUCAACAACAUUAUCAAAACGUAUCGAAGACGCAACUGAAUUACAAUCAAAUCACGGUGGUAAAUUUCAAAUAACAUCAACAGAAAAAGGCGUUGGUUACAAAGCUCAUCACGAUUGUACUUUGAAUGGACUGAAACAAGAUCGUUAUGCUACAUUUUUAUCGUAUUUAAAUACUGUAAAGAAAGGCGGCGAAACUGAAUUUCAAGAUUUAGAAAUAAAAAUUAGUCCAAAAGAAGGUCGUGCUAUUGUAUGGAAUAAUAUGAAUGCAGAUGGAGUCUGUGAAGAAAAUAGUAUUCACUCAGCGAAUAUUGUUGAAGAUGAAGAAGAAAAAUUCGUUAUACAACGAUGGUAUUAUUAUGAAGAUUUCUAUUCACUUGGUAAACGUCCACCAGAACCAAAUCAACCAGAACGAAGUUCAGGUCAAGCACGUGUCUCAUGUGACGAAUAUGACAUGGGAAGUUGUCGUGCUUAUGACGAAUGGAAUUACGAUCAUUUAUUGAAAUAUCGCAAUGUCAACCAUAAUCUUGUCUAG